CACACCCAUCUCAUGUAUUUCCUCAGCUGAACCUCACAUGAGUCAACUCAGUAGCACAGUCUCGACACAUGCAGCUCAAAGGAAAAUGUGGCUGAUCAAGGUCUUCAGUGUCAUAUAUUUCACUGCUGUCUGUGAAGCUCAGGAUACAGAUGCCACACCUCUGUUUGGAUACAUUUCUUCAGCCAGUCCUACAUCAGUAACACCGGUGAUUACAACUGUCUAUGAGCCUCCUGUACCGUUGCUGCAGCUAAAGUCAUCAUGGUUGGAGUUGUUUCCUUCUGAAAAAGUGGAGCUCACAUGUUUUAUCAGUGGCAGCUCUGACUGGAACUUCAUCUGGUACAGAGAUGGAACUGAAAUACAAAGUGCAGAUCCAAACUUGUCAGCAGACCAAUCGGUCCUUACAAUCACUGCUGCAACGCAGAUGUAUUCUGGAAAGUAUGCCUGUAAAGGUCAACACAAAAUUAAGGGUGUUACCACUCAAAUUAGUAACUCACUUGAAGUCAAAGUUCAUGUUCAACCUAAGCCCACUCUGAUCCGGGAUCCAAACUUUGACAUGUUCCCUGGAGAGUCUGUCACCUUCACAUGCAUGGUCAGCGUGUUCUCCGAAUGGGAUUAUUUGUGGUACCAUAAUGGAAAUAAAAUUAAAGAGUUGAAAACUAACACCUACACCAUAGCUUCUAUAGCUCAUUCUAACAGCGGACAGUACCACUGCAAAGCCAAAAGAGGUACAGGUCCAUUCUACACACAGGAGAGUGACAAAAUAUCUCUGCAGAUCUCUGAUCCACCUACACCAUCACUGAGUCUCCAGUCUCCCUGGUCUGACGUGUUCAAAACUGAGAAAGUGAAGUUGAGCUGUAAAGUUGGCAGCAGCUCUGACUGGACGUUCACCUGGUACCACAGUCACAAGAAACUCCAGCAGGACUCAGUUCUGAAAAUGGAUGGAUCAUAUCUCGACAUUAUUUCGAUCGCUCAGACCCAUGAAGGAGACUAUACCUGCAAAGCUCACCACAGAUCCCGGAAAGUCAUCACUGGAUUCAGCAACACAGUUAAUGUCAUUGUUCAUGAUAGGAACCCCGCUGUCAAACUGACACGGAAUCCAGAGUACAAGGUGAUGUUCACGAGGGAGUCGGUCAGCUUCAACUGUUUCAUUGAUCUCUCCUCUGGAUGGGAGUACCUGUGGUACAAAGACAGCACACAAAUAAAUGCCGCAUCUGUAAACAUGUAUCAAAUCAGCACUGUUGGAACAUCGGAUACGGGAUUAUAUAAAUGCCAAGCAAAAAGAGGAAGCAAUCAGUUCUUCAAAACAGAAUCUAGUCAGAGUAUACACCUUGAAGUUCAAGAGACCCCUGUUCCAUCUUUGGAGCAAAGCACUCAGUGGCUGGAUGUGUUCCCCCAUGAGCCUGUGAAUCUGACCUGUGGGAUAAAAGGCAGUUCUGACUGGAUGUAUACAUGGUACAAAGAUGGACAGCAGAUCCAGGCUGAUAAAACUGUGUCUUUUGACCUGGAUAAAACUAGCCUUUCCAUCAGUUCCGCUUCACCUUCACAUCGUGGACAAUACAGCUGCAGAGGCCAACUCAAGAGGAGUUCUGUCAUCAGCAAAGUCAGUCUUGGGCUAACGCUUGAUGUUUAUGAUAGGAACCCCGCUGUCAAACUGACACGGAAUCCAGAGUACAAGGUGAUGUUCACGAGGGAGUCGGUCAGCUUCAACUGUUUCAUUGAUCUCUCCUCUGGAUGGGAGUACCUGUGGUACAAAGACAGCACACAAAUAAAUGCCGCAUCUGUAAACAUGUAUCAAAUCAGCACUGUUGGAACAUCGGAUACGGGAUUAUAUAAAUGCCAAGCAAAAAGAGGCAGCAAUCAGUUCUUCAAAACAGAAUCUAGUCAGAGUAUACCCCUUGAAGUUCAAGAAAUUCCCGUUCCAUCUUUGAAGCAGAAAACCCAGUGGUUGGAUGUGUUUCCCACAGAGAGUCUAAUUUUAAGCUGUGAGAUGGCUAACCACUCUGGCUGGACAUAUACAUGGUACAAAGAUGGUCCGAAGGUCCACGCUAAUGACGCUUUGUCUUUUGACUCGAAUGGAGCUACUCUUUCCAUCAGGUCUGCCUCAACUAAAGAUAAAGGAGGAUAUACCUGUGAGGGACACCUCAAGGACAGGCCUGUCACAAGCAGAUCUACUUCUACACUUAGGGUCACAGUGUAUGAUAGGAACCCCGCUGUCAAACUGACACGGAAUCCAGAGUACAAGGUGAUGUUCACGGGGGAGUCGGUCAGCUUCAAAUGUUCCAUUGAUCUGUCCUCUGGAUGGGAGUACCUGUGGUACAAAGACAGCACACAAAUAAAUGCCGCAUCUGUAAACAUGUAUCAAAUCAGCACUGUUGGAACAUCGGAUACGGGAUUAUAUAAAUGCCAAGCAAAAAGAGGAAGCAAUCAGUUCUUCAAAACAGAAUCUAGUCAGAGUAUACACCUUGAAGUUCAAGAGACCCCUGUUCCAUCUUUGGAGCAAAGCACUCAGUGGCUGGAUGUGUUCCCCCAUGAGCCUGUGAAUCUGACCUGUGGGAUAAAAGGCAGUUCUGACUGGAUGUAUACAUGGUACAAAGAUGGACAGCAGAUCCAGGCUGAUAAAACUGUGUCUUUUGACCUGGAUAAAACUAGCCUUUCCAUCAGUUCCGCUUCACCUUCACAUCGUGGACAAUACAGCUGCAGAGGCCAACUCAAGAGGAGUUCUGUCAUCAGCAAAGUCAGUCUUGGGCUAACGCUUGAUGUUUAUGAUGCGGAGCCUACAGUCACACUGAUACAGACUCCUGAGCAUAGGUUGAUGCACACUGGAGAUUCAGUCUCCUUCAGCUGUCACAUUAAUGUCUCUUCUGGAUGGGAAUACCUGUGGUACAAAAAUGGCACUCGUCUCCCUGUAUCAGGAAGCAAUCAUACCAUCAGUCCUGUUAAGACAGCAGACACUGGCUCAUAUACAUGCAGUGGUAAAAGAGGAAGGAAUGCAGACUUCAGCUCAAACCACAGUCUAGGUUUAGGACUUGACAUAGAAGAACGCCCACAGGCUAAUAUAGAUCUGUUAACUGGCUGGUCAGAGGUCUUCUCCACUGAUAGCUUGGUGCUCAGAUGUCAGGUGCAGAAAAGCCAAGACAUGUGGAACUACACAUGGUUCAAAGAGGGACAACCAAUCACACUACCACCUUCUGAAAAAUAUAUAGUCACACCCCAGAAUGACCCAGAACAGAGCUUGUACACCUGCCAGGGUAUUCGCACUGGAAGACCAUCUUAUUCAAAACCCAGUGAUACUUUCAAGACUAAGAACCUUCUUGUGAAGAGGAGGGUGCUUCUUUCCAUCUCUGGCUUUAUCUUCUUUGCCAUCAUCGCUGUCAUCAUUGGGUUCACUGUCCUCAGAGUCAUUCGCAAACCAGUAGAAGAUGACGGCAGACCAGAAGAGGCCAACCUGUUUCUCACAAAUGCUGAACUGAGGAACCGUUUCGAUGUACCCUGUCCAAUGGUUGAGUACAUCACAGAUGCAGAACUGAAUGCACCAGCUAAAGAAGAGGGUGAAAAUGGCAUGCUCUGCAGUGAAACAACACCACUACCCAUAACCUCGCCAGACAACGAAGCUGUGACAACUGAGAACCAUGAUAAAGAGGAAAACAACGGUGGACUGGUUUCUUUUAAACAAUAAGGCACUGAAGACUGUAUUUACAUCACUUAAUAGUCAUAAUGUAGAAAAAAAAAUGGGUGUAGGAAAACUGGAGAGACAACCUCACCAUUUUGCAAUUGUUUUAAAAGUUUGGGCCUAAAAGGCACUUCAUGCUUUGUGCAUCCACAUGUCCACUAAGGUUGGGUGGAGUAGUUUUCAACAUCUUCCCAGGUUCACCAGGGUGUUCAUACAGACCCUAGCG